CAUGUCGUCACCACAACACCCAUGCGCAGAGAUCUUGUUUUUCUUCUCUACAUGUACACACAAGAUGCGAGGAGAAUGCCCCCCAAGGGUUCGCUUCAGCAUGCUCGUGCAACCUGGCGGGUGGACCACACGCACGCACCACUCGCUCGCCCCAGGCGUGAUUGGCAAGCCCCCCCCCCAGGGCCCAGACCAAUAUUGCGGCUGAGGCGCAUCGCGACCAACCGGCCGUCUCAGGCACCAGUCACCAUGGCCACCACCACCAGCAUCACUGCCAUAAAUACACAGGGGAACCCGGACCGCCGCGUCUCUUUCUGCGCGCCAUGACGACGUCUGCGUCGUGGCUUGCGCCGCACCCGUCCAUCCGAUGCCACCGCCGCCCCUGGCAUCGUCCUCCCUGCUGGACUCCAUCGCCAACAUCAUCACCACCACCGGCGGCGCGCUGAAGCCCUACGAGUACGCGCCGCUCGACCCCUCGCGCCGCACCUUUCGCCUCAUCGAGCUGCUCCCGCCCAGGCCUGCCCUCCUCCCCGGCUGCCAUGGCACCGUACGCGUCCGCAUCUUCGAGCGGGACGUCGAUGCCGACGCCGACGCCGACGUCGCCCCCGGCACUGGCCAGGUGAGCGCGCCGCCGUACGACGCCCUGUCCUACACGUGGGACAUCCCCGAGGGCGUCACGGAGCCCGACCGCCGCAUCAUCGUCGAGCCUUCUGGCCCCAAUGGCGAUGGCGUCGAUGAUGAUGGUCGUCCUCGUGAGCUGCGCAUCUACCGGGCCCUCGAGCUCGCGCUGCUGUACCUCUCCCCCACGGCAGGAGGAGAAGACAGCGAUGGUGAGGACGGCCACGACGAUAUAGACGGCAAGAAUCGCCGCCGCCGCCCGCUCUUUGUUGACCAAAUCUGCCUCAACCAGCGCGACGCCGUCGAAAAGAGCGUCCAGGUGCCGCUCAUGCGCGUCAUCUACGCCCGCUGCGCGCGCACCCUCAUCUGGCUCGGUCCCCCGACGCGCGCCUCGGACCGCUACCUCGACUAUGUCGCCGCCGAGGUGCUCCCCGGCGGCGACGGUGUGCUGGGCCGGCUGCUGGGCCCGCGCGUGUCGUCGGCCAUGCGCAUUUUUGACGCCGUCGUGGCGGAGGAGGACCCCGUGCCUGUGCAGCAGCAGCAGCCCACUACCGACGGCCACGACGACCAAGACAAAGACGAGGAGGAACGCAAAGAGGAGCACCGCCGCCUGCGCGACGACUACGACGCGCUGCUCGGCCUCGUGAACCGCUGCGGCGACGCCCUCCCUCUCGACGGCAUGGCCGACGUGCUGUCGCGACCGUGGAACAACCGCCUCUGGACCAUCCAGGAGGCGACGCUCGCGCCCCUCGUCGUCUUCGUCUGCGGCCGCCGCACCCUCUGCUUCGACUGCAUGCGCGCCGCCCUCUUCUUCUUCAACGUCGCCAACACCCACUGGGUGCGCCGCGCCCGCGGCGGCGGCGUCCCCCGCCCGCCCCGCGAGCUGCGCGCCCGCGCCGCCCUGCUCGACCUCGGCGCCGGCAUGGGCCGCAUCUUCCAGGAGCGCAAGGCCGUGCACCGCCUGCGCCGCCGCGCGGGGCUCAUGGACGUGCUGCUCAAGUACAACGUCGUCGGCGACGAGGGCGGCGGCGUCGUCCCCGUCAAGAUCGGCGCCCGCUUGCCCGAGGACCGCGUCUUCGCGCUGCUCGGGCUCGUCGACGAGGCGGACCCCCUCGCCGCGAGGGUGCGCGUGCGCUACGGCGGCGAGGACGUCGUCGCGCGCGUCUACACCGAGGUCACGGGCAUGCUGCUCGAGGAGACGGUCGACGCGCUGCUCUUCGCCCAGCGGCCGCGCACCACCCCUGGCCUGCCCUCGUGGGUUAUCGACUGGGCCAUGGCCGUGCGCCUGCCCGUCGGGUACGCGCGCCUCAAGCAGCCCGUCUUUGCGGCCUCGUCGUCCUGUGGGAAGGACGCCGCGCCGCGCGCCGCUCGCUUCACCGUCGACGACGCCGCGGGGAGGCUGACCAUUCGUGGCGUCGCCGUCGACAAGGUCGUCCGCGUAGGGGAGCAGACGUACUGCCGAGACCCCGAGGGCCGCAUCACCGAGCUGGUCGACAAGCGCUCCGCACGCCGCGUCUUCGAGGAGGUGGACGAGUUUGUGCGCGAGGCCCGUCGCGGCGACGGCGGCGGCCACAUCAUCAAGCGGCAGCAAGACAGGGACGCUGGCAAGAACGAGCGUGGCGACGACCAGGAAGAAGAAGUAGAAGAAGAAGGCGACGACCAAGAGGAGCAGCAGCGCGCGCACCGACAUACGUGCCUCCGCGUCUGCGACUCGGGCCUCUCAUGGCGCUACUUCCGCAGCCGUCUCGACAGCAGCAGCACCACCACCACCACCACGGCCGCCGCCAGCAUGGCCAAGCUCUCGACCCUCGAAGCCAGCAUCUCCAACGUGGGCCUCCGCCUCCUCCGCGCCGACGCCACGCGGGACGCCUACCGCAUCACGCGCAUCUACGCCACCAUCGGCAUCACGCCCUGGUACUGGGUCCCCGCGCCCGAGUUCUCCGCCCUGCGCCUCCUCGCGUGCGACCCGCCCGCCGCCCUGCGCCUGCUGCGCGACGCCGCCGUCGACUUCGUCGAGGACAUGCUCGGCCUGGCCCUCGCGUCGGCGGCCGUCGGGUUCGCCGCGUGGUGGGUCGUCUUCCGCCGCCGCUUCAAGUACGUCACGCUGCGGCAGGACGCCGGCGCCUUUGCCCGCGUCGGGCUCGAUCCCCAGGCCGUGCUGGACCCGGACAUGGGCGAGUUCACGGGACACCUGCUAAGGAACGUGGGCAGGAGGGUGUACAGGACCCAGAGUGGCCGCGUGGGCAUGGGCCCGGCGGAGACGAGCGCGGGCGACGACGUGGUGGUCUUGUAUGGGGCUUCGGUGCCUCACGUGCUGCGGGAUAGGGGGGACGGCACCAACGAGUUCAUUGGCGAGACAUACUGCGAUGGCAUCAUGGACGGGGAGGCCCUGGACUCUGGCCUAGAGAAAGACUUUGUUCUGACUUAGAAGCUGUCACGAUGUAUUGAACCGCCUGCACUUCACUGGCUUGUUGGUCAUGAUACACGCCAAUCGGGUCAAAAGCCAGGCUAGGAUGGCGCAAAAGAGCAACUAGAUUCAUAAGAUUCAUAAAAUUCAUUAGACUCAUCA